AGUUUUUUAUCUGCAUUAUACAGGUGCGUCGCUAUUGAAGUAUUACGUUGCCACCGGUGCCUACUCAGGGCCGACACUGUCUGCCCUGAAGCGAUAUUCGCUUGCGAUGGCGUCGAGGCGCAUACGUUCUGCGCCUCGUGUGCCGAUGUGAUUGGCUGGUUGCAAAAUGAACCCCCGCUACUUUGCCCCUUUUGCGGGAUGAUUGUUUUUCGCUCCAGGGUGCUGGAGCGAAUGGCUUUUUUGGGAGAAAGAAGACGCCAAGAAAUGGAGAGGAUGCCUGGCCCUCCACCCUUAAUCCCAAUUCAGGAGAUCCCGAACUUCCAAGACGUAAUCUCCAUCGGAUCCAGCGAGGAGACAGCGGAAUUCCCACACCAUGGCGGGGAAGUUAGACCGGGUUCGCCAAGCUCGGGGAGUAGCACCGUAAGCUACAUUUUCGAGUUGCCGCCUCCCUUGGAUCCUGAGGAGUCGCUCGAUUCGGGAUAUGGACACGAACAUAUUUAAAAAAAGUACGAGCGGGUAUUUCCACGAUAACGCUGACACCGUUAAAUUUCUAAUUUUCUUUUUUCAGA